UCUCGCAGCCGGGCUGGGUUCCGGAGCUGGGCUCCCCGGCCCGCCCGGCCCCGCUGCGGGGAAAGGAGAGGGCAGAUGGCCUGGGCUGGUCUCUGAGGGGAGGAGGGCUCCUCUGGUCUUUGGGCACCAGGCGGGUUGCUGGCAUAACGGUCCGGGUCCAGGUGCGCCCGAGCCGGGCGUGGCCGCAGUGGGUAGGCACUUCCCGGGGAGAUGCGCUCGCGGUGCCGGUCAGAUGUCAGGGUGCUGCUAGCUCCAGCCACGCCUGCUCCGGGGCGCAGAGCCAGGUGGGCCCGCCCAGCGCUCCUCCUCCCGUAUGUGGCCCUGGACCGGAGGAGCGAGGACAGGAGCCUGGGAAUUUUGAGUUGGAAUGGCCGUCGGCCAUCUGAAUACCUUGCUUUCUUUCACCCAAUAGUAAAAAGCUGAAAUGCAGAGAUGGAGUGACUUUCCCAAGGUCACAGAGUUGUAUGUGCCAUUUACAAAUGUCUGUUCUUUUAUUUAAGUAUUUUUUUUGUAAAUGGGCUACUGUUUCUUCUGUUCUGCCAGGGAAUUAGGAUUCAGGGAAGAAGGCUCUAAAAAUACUAAUCGGCAUAUCCAAAUGAGCUGAUCCGCAUUACUGGCCGGUGACCCUGGCCUUUAGAAGGAAGUGAGAGAGGACAGUUCUUUUCACUCUGGGUACUUUGUACUUCUGGCCCUUGCUCUGAAAAUUGGGCCUGGAUGUUUUACAGAAUUAUCUCAGAACUCCUUGUCAGAACUGGGCCGGGUUAUAGAGUUUUUUCAAUCCUUUUUUUCUUUUCUAAUCGCCCCCCCCCCCUUUUUAAACAGGCUCAAGAUAUGAAAGUCAUUUGUCCACACUCUUAUGGCUACUUAGGGUCAGAGACAGAAUUGGAACUCUGGUCAGAGAUCAGCACCUACUGUUUUCAUGAAUAGAAAUCUGAUUUCACAUGAAAGCUGAACAGCACUUGACCUUCAUAAAGCCCUCUCUGGAUAGCAUUCUUGGGAGUGGCUUGUGUAUUGAAGUGUGUUGGUCUGCAGAUACUAUUUCACUUGUCAGAAUAGAGUUAAGCAAAAGUGUAGCCAUGCAGAAAAUUUCUGCUGCGAUGAGACAUAUCUGAAAUGUUUUUUUACAUUUUUUGUUGUACUUUCAAUAGAGGAGCUAAUAAAUAUUAAUAAGGACAUCUUGGUUAUUUUCAGAUUUUAUCCUGUCUAUCGACUCCAUUACGCUCAUUCUUGUCCUCAUACAUUUAUCACCAGUGAAAAUUUCAAAGUGUAGCUUUCUGACUUUGUUUCACUUUUAAUUAAAUAAUUACCUUAAAGAUAUUUUUUUAUCUCAGUGAAAACCCCCCACUUUUACCUCAAAAUUCUGCUUCUCUCUUGUCAAUUCUUGAGUGGACUUUCAGAACUGAAUAAGAACUAGGAGGGUUUUUUGUUUUGUUUUGUUUCUUCCCACUUACAAAAUAUCUGGGGCUUUGUUUAGUUUUAUCUUUAAGUUUAUAUCUAGUUUCGAUUUUGACUAAUAAACCUGUGAUCCAAACCCAAACUUCAGUUGAGUUUAAUAUCAGCUUAAAACCACAUCAGACUUCCAUGUGUCAUAUGACUUCUAGCAGAGCUCACAAGUGGUGGAGGGUUAUUUUUUCCUGAGAGCUUCUUAUUGAGAUUUUUGAAAUACAAACACCUUAUCUAAUACACAUAUUAUAUUACUUGUGUAUUGUAGCCCAAGGUCAGUCAUCACAGGGGUUAUUACUGAAAUUUACUCAUCAAAACAUGUUAUAUCAGACCAUCUACUAACUCAGAAUGGAGUUCCUGCUUUUCAGUUUACAGUUUGACCAGCUAUCUCUAAGGAAGGCAGAAUCAGAAAUACAGUCACACUUUAGUCAAAGGCUCUUGGCUGUGUAGAUAAGGAAGAAGUGCUUCUGUGAAGGCAGUGUUUUUGUGCUAUAAAUUCCGAUGUUAUAGUAGAAAUGAAGACCCAAUGACCCAAUGCUGUUUUCUUAGGGUGCAUCCUUUGUCUUUCUGGUUUUGGUCUUUUCACCGUAGGAUGGCCUUAGCUCUGUGUCUGCAGGUGCUGUGCAGCCUGGGGGGCUGGCUCUCCCUCUACAUUUCUUUCUGUCGCCUGAAUAAGCACCGAAGCUAUGAGUGGAGCUGCCGGCUGGUUACAUUCACCCACGGAGUCCUCUCAAUAGGUCUCUCAGCUUACAUUGGCUUCAUUGAUGGCCCUUGGCCUUUUACCCACCCAGGCUCUCCCAAUACACCUCUUCAAGUGCACGUUCUCUGUCUCACCUUGGGCUACUUCAUCUUCGACUUGGGCUGGUGCAUCUACUUCCAGUCUGAGGGUGCCCUGAUGCUGGCUCACCACACACUGAGUAUCUUGGGCAUCAUCAUGGCCCUGGUGCUUGGAGAGUCAGGCACAGAGGUCAAUGCAGUCCUCUUUGGAAGCGAGAUUACCAAUCCCUUGCUACAGAUGCGCUGGUUUCUUCGUGAAACGGGCCAUUACCAUAGUUUCACUGGAGAUGUGGUGGAUUUCCUCUUUGUGGCUCUGUUCACUGGCGUGAGGAUUGGCGUAGGAUCUCGCCUCCUCUUCUGUGAAAUGGUCUCAUCCAAGCCCAGGUGGUUUGUGAAGGUUGGGGGAGUAGCGAUGUACGUUGUCUCUUGGUGUUUCAUGUUUAGCAUCUGGCGCUUUGCAUGGAGGAAAAGCAUCAAGAAGUACCAUGCCUGGAGAAGCCGGCGGAGUGAGGAACGGCAGCUGAGACAUAACGGACACCUCAAGAUGCACUAGCCAAGACUGGCUCCAGACACUGGAAUGGGUUAAGUCAGCCAUGGGAACCAGGUUGGAGAUAUGGCUAUUAUGGAAUCAUGCUUAUAACAAACUUAGGUUUCAAAAAAGGGCUCAAUGUUUUGAUCAUUUUGGUUGGUCUUCAAGCUGAACACAUCCCAGUAUUAAAACUCUGACUUCUACAGCAGUGCAGCUAUAGAAAGUGAGACUACCCAGCAGCGGGUGUAAGUCAGUCAGAUCUGCUUCCUUUUAGUUUGUGGUGACCCCAGCUCCUCUGUCCCCGGGAGGCUUGCUGAUUAGACAGCUUAGAAAGGAACUCAAAAAAGAUUAGUGCUAUUUCUUCUUUAUUCCUUUGAGCAGUGACUCCUUCAACAAUUGCUUUUUCCUGCAUUCCACAUAGCGACUGAAAGAAAUGCUCCCCAUUUAUUAUAACGCAAGGGACUUUCAGGAAGAUGCAUGCCUUUGGCAUUCCGAGCAUUAGAUCAGGGAUUUGAAAUUGGGGGUGGGGUAAAAGGAUGAGAGAAGGAUGGGAGUGAAACUAUGGCAGUGGUAGGGGGCUACUUCCUGAGCCUCCCUAUACCAUCUACUUGGUAUAUACCAUAGAGGACUUCCUAUACUUGAGGUCCCCAAGAUCACCCUCGGGCUUGGGGCUUCACCAGGAAUACUCAUAGGACUCAGCCCUUAUUUGUACUCAUAACUUUGAUUUAUCAGAGCCAAAGGAUACAAGGAGAGAUCAGCAAAGGGAACUGGAGCAGAGUACAAGGGAAACCAGGCCCAAGCUUCCCGAGCCCUUUCCCAGGGGGAUCACACAGGAUGUGCUUAAUUCCUCUAGCAAUGCUUCAUUCACAAUAUGUGUGAAAUGUCUAUCAAGGAAGCUUGCUAGAGACUUGGUACCCAAGGUUUUAACUGGGGGUUGAUCAUGUAGGUAGCCUUGGCCCGGCGUGCAGAGGUCAGCCUUUUCUUGACUCCCAGAAGCAAAGGAGGUAUUCACUGUGAACUGUUUCGUUUGCACAAACAGUUUUAGGCCCAGUGAGCCAUUCUUAGCAUUAAUGUGGGAGCUCUCUCGACAAAGUCCCCAGAUGCCAGCCACGGGCUGACCUUGCAAACAGUCCUUUCCACGGACAGCAGUUCAGGCCUGCUUUCUUUACUUAUUGCUGCACAGAAACCAUAGAGCUAGAGCUUUGGAUGAGAGAUGAAUGAGGUGCAGGCAGAUUUACCGAGUCCUGUUGUACGGGUUCUGCCCUACCAGGAAAACUAUGCCAGUUCUCAGGGCUUUUGUGCAUUAAUCUCCUAGGCAUGAGAGGCUGUGACUGAAUUCCAUUGGGAUUUACCAUGUGGAUUCCACCGGGCUCGAGAUGCCAGUUCAGGUUUCAGCUCUGCUAUACAUACUGCAAACUAGAACCAAAGACCAAAUGUCCUGGCCUCAGGGUGAUGAGGCUAUUUUUUUUUUUUUUUUUUUUUUUCCAUUUCAGAUACAUCCCGUGUUUGUCCUGUUACUACUUUUUCUCUGGAAAAGGUGCCAUGUUCUCUGGACAGUAUAUUAUGACAAGGCCUGUUUGGGGAGGAAACAAUAUUUCUUAGUGCAACAGUCUCUCAUCUUACCUAGGAAAAGCAAGAAUCUGCACCUGCCAGAUCAUUUGGGCAGAUGACUUGUUUGCUCUUUAAACCCUGUUGUCAAUAAAGGAAAUACCCUGUUGUGUAUCAUAUAGAGACAGAGGUGGUGUUUUAUUAAUUCAGGUCUUUAAUCUAGGGCUUUUAUGAAAAAAAAAGUGUUAUUUGUUUGUUUGUGGUUUAUUUAUUCAUUCAAUUGUGUUACUGAGGCCAGUGGUGACCAAGUAGCUCAGUUGAUGAGCAGAGGUAUGGGGCUGCUGAGGUCCAGACUGGAGGUCAGUAGGAAGUGUCAGCCCAUUCGAUGGUCACUUGUAAUCCUAGCCUAAUGAGUGGUUUUGAAAGUGGAUGUCAUUGUCCAGGCACGACUGAGUGGUUGGAACCACAUGAGGUCAUCAUUGCCCUGGGAAAAGCAGCUUUAAAGACAUGCUAACUAUAGGUCUUUUAAAAUGACUGUCAUUUGGUUAAGGAGAUUUGCUGGACAUGAGCAUAAUCUGGCAAUAACAUCUCCAUCUCUUUUUUCUUUUUUUUUUUUUCCCCUAUGAUCAGUAUCCCUGAAAUACUGGUUAGCUUCUUUCCAACAAAACUGUGGUCAAAGGAGAAUGCUGGGCAAUGCUGAUUUUAGCAAAAGCUUAGUUUAAAAAAAGAAAAAAAAAAAAGUGGCUUGGUGCAAAAAAAAGAAAAAGAAAAAG